CUCGACUCUUUCAAGCAUAAGCCAGACUGUUUCAAGUCCGUCGCUGGAAGGUUGAAACUAAAAUGCGGCGAGGACAUGCCCGAGUGGGAACGUGUCCAAGCUGCUAUCCAGUUUACGCUGUGCGAACUUUCUACCGCAAGGAUACACUCGUAUCCUCUAGAAUGCGCGUCUUUUGCUUCCUUGGGAGAUGAUAUCGAGUUGGACUUGCAAGACACCUCUGCGGCCGGUUGUGUAGAAGCAUUCUCUCGGAGCACGCAGCACUGGUCGAGCUAUUCAGGAUAUCUUAGAGAAAUACGUAAGUACAUUUGCCUCGUUGUACGAGCUUACGGCUUGACUCUUAAGCAGCGCAACUGUGCUUCGCAUAUCGUCGCUGGCAUGAUAUUGGUAUGCGCGCAGUUUCGGGAAGUACAUGUACAUCAAUUGCUCAAACCAAACCAGAUCGCGCAAAGUCUAUAUAUCACAAUGCGACGAUGGAGAAAAUAUCAUUGCUUCAAAUCUUGCGUGAGAGGGAAAGCAAGGCGAUGGAUCACGAGGUAUCAAGCCAGGCUGCAUGGGACCGGAGCUUCUCAGUAUGCCAAAGACAAGUUUUAA